AUGGAAUGCGGAAACAUGGGUCUGUUUGACCGCGGAGUUCAGAUGCUCUUGACCACGGUGGGCGCGUUCGCGGCCUUCAGUCUCAUGACCAUCGCGGUGGGCACGGACUACUGGCUGUAUUCCCGCGGCGUCUGCAAGACCAAGUCCAACAACGAGAACGAGACCAGCAAGAAGAAUGAGGAGGUGAUGACCCAUUCAGGCCUGUGGAGAACGUGUUGCUUGGAAGGAAACUUUAAGGGGAUGUGUAAACAGAUAGACCAUUUUCCUGAAGACACCGACUAUGAAGCAGACCCGUCUGAAUACUUCCUACGUGCUGUGCGAGCCUCAAGCAUCUUCCCCAUCCUCAGUGUCAUCCUGCUCUUCAUGGGAGGUUUGUGUAUUGCUGCCAGUGAGUUCUACAGGUCACGUCACAACAUCAUCCUCAGCGCUGGGAUCUUCUUUGUGUCUGCAGGCCUGAGCAACAUCAUCGGGAUCAUCGUGUACAUAUCAGCCAACGCGGGGGACCCGUCCAAGAGCGACUCCAAGAAGAACAGCUACUCGUACGGCUGGUCCUUCUACUUCGGGGCGCUCUCCUUCAUCAUGGCCGAGAUGGUGGGCGUGCUGGCCGUGCACAUGUUCAUCGACCGCCACCGGCAGCUUCGAGUUGGGGCGCGAGCUGCCGACUACCUUCAGGGGUCGGCAAUAACGCGUAUCCCCAGCUACCGGUACCGGUAUCGGCGCCGCUCGCGCUCCUCCUCCCGCUCCACGGACCCGUCCCACUCGCGCGACACCUCGCCAGUGGGCCUCAAGGGCUUCAGCGCACUGCCAUCCACAGAGAUCUCCAUGUACACACUGCCCCGGGACACGCUCAAGUCCUCCGGCACACCCACCGCCACCUACAACUCGGAGAGGGACCACAACUUCCUCCAAGUCCACAACUGCAUUCAGAAGGACUUGAAAGACUCGUCCCACACCAACACAGCCAACCGACGCACCACGCCCGUAUGA